AUGAUGCUUGGAAAGGACAAGGAUGUCGAUGAUCUCGAGCUUGAUAGAGUUCCCAGCGGUCCUCGUGCUUUCAAGGCAAAGGGUCCCAACUCCAAGCGACUGUCAGGAAGACGUGCGCAUAACGCAUCCGUCACUUCAUUGCCAAGCCUUGAACAAUCUGAAGGUGAGAAAGAUGAAGAGCAUCAUCUGUUCAGCGGCGGACUUGUCGGUCAGAUAACUGCAUGGCUCCGUGAGGAGAGAAAGAAACGUGAUGCGCGCAAGACGCGCAAGACUGCCGAUUCUCAGUCCCAUGAAGAGGUCCAUUCUCAUGAGGGUGCUGACAUGGCUCAUCGUUCUCGCCGUCGCAGCUCUGGCGAAAGUGUUGAUCUGAGCCGACUUGAGCAAAUCUUGAAGGAAAGCGUCCACUUCGAAAAGCCUCGUAGAUCGUCACUUCUGCACCCCAGCAUCCGAAAGCGCCCAUCAGUCAAGAACCUGCACAAAUCUUCGUCCAAUGCCGGACAUUCAUCUGAUACUGAAUUCUUCGACGGCGAUGCCUUGGUCCCCUCGGCCGAAGCCUGGCUUGAUAACACCAAGACUUUGGCCAGUGCUGGAGGCGCCGCAGAUCCAGCAGAGUCGACCGAGAGUCUUGGACUUGGUACUCGUCAAGCUUGGUCAUCUUUCAAGUAUGAGAUUGUUCGUCUCACUCAUACCCUUCGUAUCAAGGGCUGGCGCCGUGUACCCAUGGACAUGAGUAACGAGUGCACCGUUGAGCGUCUCAGUGGCGCUCUCACCAAUGCCGUCUACGUUGUUUCACCACCAAACACUCUUCCUGCCCGUCCCACAAGCGCCGAUGGAAAACAGCCCAUGCAACGUCCCCCGCCAGCCAAGCUCCUCCUACGUAUCUAUGGUCCUCAAGUUGAGCAUCUGAUUGACCGCGAAUCCGAGCUGCAAAUCCUCCGCCGUCUGGCUCGCAAGCGUAUAGGACCUCGCUUGCUGGGUACAUUCAGCAACGGCCGAUUCGAAGAGUACUUCCACGCAAAGGCACUCGAUCCUCAAGACCUGCGUAACCCGGACACUUCCAAGCAGAUCGCCAAGCGUAUGCGCGAACUCCACGAAGGUAUUGACUUGCUCGAACGUGAGCGCGAUGAAGGUGCUUUCGUUUGGCAAAACUGGGAUAAGUGGUUCCAGCGUGUCGAGACUGUAACCAUGUGGCUUGAUGGCGAAGUCUUGAAGGAGCAACAGACCAAGAAGCCCACUGGCACGGAUGGCUGGCAAUCUCGCGGCUUUGUCUGUGGCACUGAAUGGGCUGUCUUCAAGAAGACGGUGCAAAAGUACCGCGAAUGGUUGGAGGCACAAUACACCGAGCCCGGCCAACUGCGCUCUCGCUACGUCUUUGCCCACAACGAUACUCAAUACGGCAACAUUCUCCGCCUUCUCCCCUCUGGCACCUCACCUCUGCUCCUACCCGCAAACACACACAAACAGCUUAUUGUCAUUGACUUUGAGUACGCCAACGCAAACACUCCCGGACUUGAAUUCGCAAACCACUUUACCGAGUGGUGCUACAACUACCACGAUGAAAAAGCACCCUGGCUAUGCAACACCUCCUUCUACCCUACACCCGAAGAACAAGAUAGAUUUGUUCGCGCCUAUGUUCGCCAUCGUCCCCAAUUCAACGCUCCUACUCCCAACCUCGGUCCCGCCGACAAGGAUCCUCAAGAGAAGCAGAAACGUCCCGCAGGCCCCACAUCCAGUAUCUCAAACUUCAUGCUUGAUGCUAGAGGACCUCCUGAAUCUGCUGCUACUACCGCAAAGGCGGAUGCCGAGUACCAGGCUCAAGAGGAUGAGCAAGUCGCCUCUUUGCUGAGAGAAACACGCAUGUGGCGCCUCGCAAACUCGACUCAAUGGGUAGCCUGGGGUAUCGUCCAAGCCAAGGUCCCCGGUCUUCCAUCCGACACUCCUGCCUCUGCUAUCCCUCUCUCCGAAACUCCUGAUGAGAUGACUCCUACUGGCGACAACGAUCAAGCAUUCUCGGACCCUCUGGACGCUGAAGGCAAAGCCAUGCAAGAGGAUAUCCACGACAAGAGACCCGAUCCUAAUGAAGAAGAUGAUGGAAAAGCAGAGGAAGAGUUUGAUUACCUGGCUUAUGCUAGAGACCGCGCCAUGUUCUUCUGGGGCGACGCUCUGGCUUUGGGUAUCGUUGAGGAGAAGGACUUGCCUGAGGAUGUCAGAGCUGGUGUCAAGCGCGUGCAGAACUAG